AUGUACUAUGAAGAUGCAUCCAAACCUUCUUAUGCCCGAACUUCAAACUUGAAUGAGGAACUUGGUCAAGUUGAUACAGUACUUUCUGAUAAAACUGGAACUCUGACCUGCAACACGAUGGAGUUCAUCAAAUGUUCCAUUGCUGGGGUAGCUUAUGGCCGUGGAGUUACAGAGGUUGAGAGGUCAUUGGAUAGCAAAAAUGGUUCUACUUUGAUUGACGACACAAGGGAUUCUCCUGUCAGAAAUGUUCCCAUCAAAGGAUUUAACUUUACAGAUGAAAGGAUAAUGAAUGGAAAAUGGGUCAAUGAGCCUUAUGCUAUUGUUAUUAAGAAAUUUUUUUCACUUAUUGGCAAUCUGCCAUACAGCCCUACCAGAAGUUGA